AUACGCCAAGCAUUUCUCAUAUCUUCAGAGUAAACAACAAAGCUUCAGUUCAAAUCUUCUCUGUUAGGAGAAACAGAAGACCAAUAACGUACACCAAGAUCCAUCCAUGGCUUUCCGAGCUCUUCGUGUGUUGCAGCCUAAACAAAUUUUCCGGCAAGCGAAGUCAUUCACACCCUCAAACUCAGUCAAUGUUCCAAAGGGGUACCUUUCGGUUUAUGUCGGGGAGAGCCAGAAGAAGAGAUUCUUGGUUCUCAUAUCAUUCUUGAAUCAGCCUUCGUUUCAAGAUCUGCUGAGAAUAUCCGAGGAGGAGUUCGGGUUCGAACACCCCACGGGCGGACUCAUAAUCCCAUGCAGUGAAGCGUUCUUCGUCAAUCUCAUCUCUAAACUCAUCAGAUGAUGGCAUUUUUAAUCUCAGUUUGUAGGAAUCUGUACAUGUUUCGUCAGUUUUUUUUCUUUUGUUUGAGAGAAGAGAAGACACAAAAAAUCUCUCCUCGGACGGAAAACACAGAGUCGGUUGACUGUUGUAAGAUUUUUGUUCUCACGUUUUAGUGAGUUAUACGAUCAAACAUCUUGACUAUUUAAUCGAUGAUUCUCUACUCAAAAUUCCAAAAUAUUUUCGAAUCCAU